GAUUAUGUCAUUUUUAACCCUCAAAAUCCCUAUGAGUUUGUCAGCAACAGCAAAACCCAGGUGAUAUUUUACCUGUGGGGCGAUGCCGGUUUGCGGUACGGCGCUCCGCUCCUGAGCAGCCAGACCUUCAACAGCGUGGUGGGACACUUCAGCCAGUCGGUUUUUCAUUUUAACAACUCACAAGCUCUGACGGGCACCUCGGCUGGGAAGCUGGUGGUGUGGGACGCCGUCAGUCCCCACACGCCCUCCGAGGAACUGAAGGUCAAGCCGCUCAGCAUGACGGCCACCAAAGUGGUGCCUCUGCAGAAGGAUGGCCUUACCGUGCUCACCGUGUUUGGGAGCUGCAUAGUAACGGGUGAUGUGAAAGGUGAGGUUAAAUUCUACGAUGGGCAGCUGCAGCUCCUCACCUGCUACAGCCGCAGCAAAGUGGGUCCCAUUCGGUCCAUCUCCUUCUCCAAAGCCCCUCCUGAUCCUCCCGGUGCCUCCCCAGCUUGCUCCACCUCCUGCACAGACAGCAACCAGCCCUUCGUCGCCAGGAACUUUAUCCUUUCAACCUCUGAUGCAACUGUGCUCCAUGUUGCAACAGACAAGACAAACUUUGAAAAAGUCAUGGAAGAGGCAAAGCAAGCCGUGAAUGCCAUCGCCUGUCACCCCCGGCAGGCACUCGUUGCUGUGGGGAGUCGCUGUGGACUGCUGAAGGUGUGGGACUACCAGCAGACCAAGUACCUCGUUAGCAGGAUAUUCACCGUGGCCGGCAUCCAGUGCUUGACCUACGACCCUGAAGGUUACUUUCUGGCCGCUGGUUUUACUGAUGGAAGUGUUUACAUCCUCGAUGCCAUUUCCCUUCAGUCCAGCUGCAAAGAGUUCAAGUUCUCACGUGGUCCCGUGACUCAUAUCAGCUUCUCUCAUGAUUCGGAGUACCUCGCAACUGCUGAUGAGAAAUACUCAGUGACUGUUUACAAGAGAGCCCUGCAAAAUGGGAGCAGAUGCUGGGAACACCUAGCAGGGCUGCACUCCCACUACAAACCCAUCCGGAGCAUCCUCUUUGGGGUCCAGCUAGAUGGCAACGAGCCCAGGCUCCUGAGCCUUGGGGAAGACCGGCAGCUGGUUGAAUAUGACCUGGACAACAGCAGCAAGGACCACCUGGUGGUCUUGCACAGGGAUCGAGUAGAGCAGGUUGCUGUACCCCUGUGCUUGGCCUGGUACCCACAGCUCAGCACCGAGUCCUUUAUCCUCACUGCCAACAACUGCUACAAAAUGAAGCUCUACAACACGACAACCAAAAUGUGCAGAAAGACCCUUUUGGGACCAACCUAUGGCUCCCCAUUGGAGAAGAUACAAAUCCUCCCAACGACAAGCAAUACGGACCCCCAGAAAUGCUAUCUGGCGUACAUUACAAAGGACAAGGUGGGCUUGCAGAUUUUGCCUGUCGAUGGCAACCCCCACAAGUCCUCAGCUUUCAUUUGCCACCCAGAUGGUGCCUCUGACCUUGCUAGUUCCUACGACGGACGCUACAUCUUUACGGCGGGGGGGAAUGACUGCACGGUCAUGAAAUGGGAGGUCAACCUAAAUGCCUUGGAUGCUGCUGCUUCCCUGGGUGGGGAGGACUUGAUCCCGUUCUACAACCUACUGGAUGGCGGCAGGGAAGGCGAAUUCUUCAGGGAACUGGAAGACUAUUUUUACUACGCGCAGCUGCGCAGCCAGGGUAUUGAUACACUGGAGACCAGACAGGUGUCAACCCAUAUUCCCUUGGAGGAAAUUCCUUCUGUAAUGAGAGCAAUGGGAUUUUAUCCAUCAGAGGAAAAGAUUGAAGAAAUGAUAAACGAAGUAAAAUUCAGCACAUAUGUGGAUACUGGAGAACAAGUGACAAAAAUCAAUUUAGAGGACUUUAUCAAACUUUAUAUAAAUCAUCGACCUGUGUUUGGCUUUUCAAUGAAAAAAAUACGACAAGCGUUUCAGGUUCUUGGUUAUGAUAAUGAGAAUGGAGACAAAGUUAUUGACAGAGGAGACUUACUGUUGCUGCUUCAGUGCAGAGGAGAGCACAUGACAGAGGACGAGCUGGCGCAGUGUCUGACCACCCUGCUGGGCAAGCGUCCUGGGGGAGGAGGAUCCGAACCGGACACUUACGAUCCCUCAGGUGCAGCAGCUUUGACUGAAGAAGAAAUUCCAGAGGAAAUCACAGCAGAGAUAUUCGCUGCUGACAUUCUUGGCUUACCUAUUGCUGAACCAGAAAAAACAAACAGAAAAAAGAGAUGA